UCUCUCUCCUUGGAAAACUUCCUCCUCUCUCCCACGAAGCAAAGUUCUGAUCAGGAACCCUAGGUUCUCCUCUCGCUCCAAAAUCAUGCGACUUCGUCCCCAGAUCUUCGUCAAAUCUCCGUUCAAUUAUCAAUCCCUGGCCCUGAGAUUGGAUCCAACCCAUUCUCUCAUAACCGUAAGUGCUCUCCAUUCCUUACUCGAAUCAUCGCACCGUCAAUCAUUGUCAGAUUUCUGCUUCGUCCUCAAUGGGAAGCCUUUGGAUAUCACUUCCCGGAUCUCUGUUUCCGAGAUUCCUCCGGUCUCCACUCUCACUCUGUACCCUCGCUACCGUGCCGGCGGAGGCGACGGCGGCGCCACGGGUGCCGAGUCCCGCGACUGCUACCUCAACAUGUACGCUGAGAAGAAGCCCGAUAAGGUUGACCCGAACGAGCAGAGGCUCUCCAAAUGGCUAAACUGUGCUCUGUCGAACGAGCCUCUCACUGAGCCUUGCGUCACCGAUUUCCUCGGCAACGUCUUCAACAAAGUACCGCUGGUUGAGGCCUUGGUCUCCAAGAGGUUGCCGAAGCAAUUCUCGCACAUAAAGGGGCUCAAGGACAUGGUCAAUAUCAAAUUCACCCCAAUCACUGUGUCCGAUCAAUCCACCAGAGACGGUUCUAGUGCCCAGUUCCAGUGCCCGGUGUCAGGACUCGAGCUCAACGGGAAAUACAGGUUCUUGGCACUGAGGGGUUGCGGACACGUGCUUAGCGCCAAGGCCUUGAAGGAGGUGAAGUCUUCUUCCUGUUUGGUCUGCCAUACGGAUUUCACCGAGUCAGAUAAGAUACCAAUAAACGGUAGCGAGGAGGAAGUGGACGUCUUGAGGGAGAGGAUGAAGGAGGAGAAAGCGAAGAAAGGCGCAUCAAGGAAAAGCGCAUCGAAGAAAGGCAAGAACAGCGAAAAUGCAAUGAAGCGAAGACACGACAAUGGAGCAGUCGGGGAUGGUGCUGCGGUAAAGAAGUUUAGAGCUGGGGAUAUGGCUCCGGCCAAUGCUACCAAAGAGGUGUAUGCUUCGAUAUUCACUUCAUCUAGAAAGUCGGAUUUCAAAGAGACUUAUAGUUGCAGGUCACUGCCGCUCGGUCGGAACUGAUUUGAUUUGGUGUUGAUCUCAUUUUACUUGAGAUGUUCCGUUCAUGUUUUUACUUGUUUGGCUGUCGUGUAACUUCUUGCACUUUAUAAAACAAUCCAUAAAUACAUAAAAUCUCUUAUUAUUC